AUGGGCUCUCUACUUCCUUCCGUCAAGCACUCCCAGCAUGAGGGAAUCCGAAGGGCAUUCGAAACAGAAGCGGACCUUGGGCUUUGGCAGACUUGGGCAAGUUUAGAACAGUCUGGCCAUAGAGGGGACGACUGCAGCAUAGAGUGUGAAGAAGGCGCCCGUGGGGAACCACUGCACGACUAUCCCGGAUGCAACUUGUGCUUUGACAGUGCAAUUGGCAUUGAACUUUGCAGUUUCACGGGCCAUUACCUCGAGCAUAUGCUUCUAAGCCAAUUUUACACCCCCAUUCACGAGAUUCCCUGGGUUCUCGCGGAAUACAGUCGGCUGAAAGCUCACUUCGCUGAAAUGGAAGACUCUUCUGCUGGAAUGGCUGGUCUGGAUGGGAAACUUUGGAAGGGUCUUAAGAAAGCCAGAGUGCUCGUUGAAACAGCCCGAACUAAUGGGGAUUGCAAUACAUCCGUUAUUAGUGAACUUGACGCGACGUUAGCCUAUUUGCAGGGAGAGAACCUUCGAGUCAUGGCUGCGAACUUCGCGCUGCGAUGGUAG